UGAGGUCAGAGGAGAAGGGCGGUACAUGAGGGCUCAGACCGAGUGGCCGAGACUCCUCGGCCUCUUCCUUUUUAGUUUUUAAAGAAAGGAAAUGUGUUUGUUGCAGUUAAGAGACAGGGAAAUCUGAAUCUAAGCCCUGGUGUCUGCUGAGGACCUUCUCGCCCCAUCACCCAGAGGCAGAGGGGCAGGAGAGCAGGAUUUUGGUUUUGAUGUAGUGCAGCAGAGGGCCUUUGUGCAGCAGAGGGCCUUUGUGCAGUCAAAAGCCCAUUGUUCCUUCCCCCGGGCAAGAAGAGGCUGCGGUUCUGAUUCAAGGCUGUAAACAACUCUGGAGAGAGCAGACAAACAGGCUUAAGGGCCUGGUGAGUCACUUCUGGGGGCCGGGGCCUCUCUUUUUUUUGGGUUAUUCUUAUUCUGACUAGGCUAAGGUGGCUGUUGCAGGCCACUGUAGCCUGGGACUGCCACCUCGUGGUCACGAUCUGACUUCACAUAGCCUCACGGCUUGUCAGAGUAGGUGGGAAUGAAUGGGAAUUUGCUAUGAACUGGGCUCCUCAAGCAGGGCCUAGGUCCUUGCUCGCUAAGCCGGCCUUGGAGAGGCUCACCAAACUAGGACUCAGUUGUCAUCCUCUGUAACCCAGCAUGGCUGUCACUGUCUAGCCACAGAGCCCAGGCUAGCUGUGGCUGUCAACCUGCCCCUAGAGAUUCCCUACUUCUCAGGCCUCUUCCAGUCUCAGGGUCACAGACAUUGGCUCACGCUCGCUAAUGGUUGCCUGAGGUCUGGGCACCGGGCCACCACUCACCCUCCAGCCAGGGUUAAACAUUAGUGGGAGGUUAUCGGGCUUGGAAAGGGGGUGGGGAUCUCACUUGUAACAGACUCCUGCGGGCCUGCUUGGAGUACCAGUUCCCACCGGAGCCCGUAAAAUGCCUGUGGAAGAGUUUGUAGCUGGAUGGAUCUCUGGGGCCGUGGGCCUGGUCCUGGGGCACCCAUUCGACACUGUAAAGGUGCGGUUACAGACCCAAAACACAUACCAGGGCAUCGUGGACUGCGUAGUCAAGACUUACCGCCAUGAGUCGGUCCUGGGCUUCUUCAAGGGCAUGAGCUUCCCCAUCGCCAGUGUAGCCCUGGUUAACUCCGUCCUGUUCGGCGUGUACAGCAACACACUGCUGGCGCUGACGGCCACCUCCCAUCAGGAGCGACGGGCCCAGCCACCCAGCUACACAAACAUCUUCAUAGCAGGUUGUACUGGGGGCCUCCUGCAGGCCUAUUGCCUGGCUCCUUUUGACCUCAUCAAAGUCCGUCUACAAAACCAGACAGAGCCAAGGCUGCAGACAGGGAGCUCUGCACCCCGGUACCGGGGACCUGUGCACUGUGCAGCCUCCAUCCUGAGAGAAGAAGGACCCCAGGGACUGUUCAGAGGAUCCUGGGCCCUGGUGUUGAGAGACACUCCUACGUUGGGAAUGUACUUUGUCACCUAUGAAGGGCUAUGUCGCCAGUACACACCAGAAGGCCAGAAUCCCAGUUCAGCCACAGUUCUGGUGGCAGGGGGCUUUGCAGGCAUAGCCUCCUGGAUCACAGCCACCCCUUUUGAUGUGAUCAAGUCCCGGAUGCAGAUGGAUGGGCUGAAGGGGAGAAAGUACAGAGGGAUGCUGGACUGUAUGGCAAGCAGCUUCCAGCAGGAGGGAAUAGGGGUCUUUUUUAAGGGCAUGACACUCAACAGUGCCCGUGCCUUUCCUGUCAACGCUGCCACCUUCCUUAGCUAUGAGUACCUGCUGCGCUUAUGGAGAUGAGCCUGGCCAGGCCAUACUGGCAACUCCACAGCAGAAUCAUGGCUGACAGCAGCUUGGAAAACCAAGCUAAAGCAUCCAGCUUUCAGGUGCAAAAGCAAGAGGCAACUUGUAUCAUCCAAAGAGUUAAGGAUGAUAUCCAACAUGCAAGAAACCAAUGAACCUGGCCCUGUACAGACUCCAAGACACACCUCCCCACCAGCCCCCCUCCCCAGACCACUUCUGUCCUGGAGGCAGGGGUACAAAGUACAUAAAAAUCAUCUAGGCCACCAUGCCAUAGCCACCCCUAUGGGAGCACUGAGACCAGCCGCUGUCCUGCCAUCACCCAGCCCUGGAGUUCGAACCACUCCCUGCACAGGAGAAUGACUUUGAUCUCCUCCGUGUCCAGAAUCCUUCAGGGGUUACAAUUAUCUUCAGGGAAACCCAGGUUCCAGGCUGCUGGCUGUUCUGCCCUACUAGGCGGCCUCCUCUUGGUUACCUUCUGGUGUGGUCCCUCAUUCCUGGAGUGCCAUGGGUGAUAAAAAUGUCCUCCAGUGGUCCACUCUCAAGAUCCAGGCAGAGCUCUUUAUCUAGGGGUCCUUCCAGCCCCAUCUGUGCUGACUGUGGGGUACCCAAGCACCCCAGCCCUCCUGCCUACCUCAGUCACACCUCUGUGUGCAGUGCUUCGUGGUUAGAUUUUUUGCUCCUGUGAGUUACUAGUCUGUGCGAGUCUUGUGGUCAAGGUUGUACUUCUGUCUCUUGAACAGAUACAUGCAAUAAAGUGUCAUUUGAUGCAGUA